AUGGCAUUCCUCUACUCAUACCCAGAGGUCGAGCCAUACCCCACAACCUAUGUGACGCACACAUACCCCGAAAAGGGGCAGCAUUUGCACCACAUCCCUCUGCCCUUUCUGGCACACAAGGCGGCGCACCGGCUGCUGCACGACAGAGAACAUGAGGUCCACAUCCCCAAGGCCGACCUGAGAGAGACCAUGUCCAACUUCUACAUCGAGGUCGAGUUGCCGGGUAUCUCGGACAAGUCGCAGCUCCAUCUGCGCUGGACGUCCAUGCGCACUCUGCUCGUCACCAGCAAGAUCGGCCGGCCCGACAUCCCAGAGUCGGAGCUGUUUGAUGUCCCCGUCGUCGCUGCCGCGCCUGAACCACCGAAAGAAGACGCCGACCAGCAGCAACAACAAGAGCCGUUGGCGACGUCGACUGAAACGGGUGUGACCGCGACUGCGACGACGAUGAAGAAAGAGCCUCAUCUCACCGUGCACGAAAGACUAAUCGGCGAAAUGAUGCGCGCGUUCAACUUCCCUGUUGACGUGGAUCGAGACAACACCCAUGCCAAACUCGAGGCCGGCUUGUUGAGGAUCGUGGUGCCCAAGCUCAAGCAUGAUCACGCCGAGCCCCUGCAUGUCAACGUCAAGGAUUGA